GUUAGUGUUGCCUUUUCCCUCCUUUGUUGACCAUGUUUAUGUAGUUGAGAGGACUCCUGGGGCCCAUAAUGGCACUGCUGGCUUCUGUUCCCAUCGGGAAAUGACUCAUUUUAAAUCCUGGGCUUAGACCCAGCAGGGCUAAUAAUAAACCAUUUACAUGUCUGUCGGGCCUGCGAUGAUGUCAAAGCAGCAGAGUUGUACGACGGCAUGUCUGUGCAUUCAUUUAAUUGUAACGGUAUGGCAGAUCAGCAAACUCAUUUUGUUGUCUGCUGACCUUACUGACCGGCACAUCAAAAUUCAACAGGCACUGUCAUUAUGUCAACGGCUAACUUGAUUUUUAGCAUUUUAGAGUGGGGCAUUAUUCCAGAUCCAUUUUAGUUUAUGAAACAUGUUCAAAAGUUCACUUCUCGUUCUCUCUCUUUCUCUUCCUCACUCCCCCAGUGGUUAUCCAUGGGAUUUGGUUCUAUGAUAAGGAGGACUGUCAACGCAUUGCCCAGAAGAUGAAGAUUCUGGCCCAGCAGGAGCAGGUCCUAGUUCAGUCUCAGGGUGGAUGGUUGUCCCCUGAAGGAGGACGGGGAGGAGAAAUAGUCGGAGGAGGAAGUGAAGCGAAGUCAGUGGACAUCAUCCAGAUGUUGACCAAAGCACGGACAGAGUAUGAUAAGGGCCAGUCUACAUCAGAGCCAAAGGAGAUUGGUGGCAGCAGUGUUCUUUCUGGAAACCCCAACUUGAUCAAACCAAUACCUGUUAAACCGAACACUCAGGACAGUGAAGGUACUGAACCCAAGUCUCUCUCUCUGGCCACUCUUUUUGGCUCUCAAUAUCAGCACCACCACUCAUCCAAACCUGACCUAGUCUCUCCUUUGGCCACCCCUGGGACGGCGUCAUCAACGGUAACAGCCGCUCGGCCACCUGUAGCCCGCACGCUGACAUAUGAGGAUACAGUGAACUCUGCCAGAAGUGUGACCUCCAAGGGAGGGAACGUCGUCAUGGCUGGGUUUUCAGAUAGAGGGCUCAGGGAUGGUGGAAACGUUGUUGCGGGCUUGCUGCCGAGCCCCACUACCGCCCAUCAGCAGCAGCAGCAGCAGAAUCAGCCACAGCACUGCCCAGCCAUCCAGAAGCUCAUGCAAGGACAGAGAGGGGUGCUUCAGACCCUGUCAGAGUCCCCCGAGAACAGGCUGUGUGACAACGGGGUGCAGCUGGAGCAUCACCACCACCAUCACCAUAUGUACCACCACCAUCAUCAGCAGCACCACCACCAUCAUCAUCAAAAGCAACAGCUUGACCCAAUCCAGAGACUUUUCCAAAUCCAGCCACCACCUCCCUCCUCCAACCCUCCUCCCCUGCUGCAGAAGCCCCAUCUCUCUUCCCAGCCAGUAAUGGUGGAUUCUGUGUCAUGUUCCCACCAUCAUACGCAACAGACCCAGCAGCUAUUUUUCAGCCUAUCUAAACCUCAACCAGAGGCACAGCACAAUAGCCAGUCAGCCUCAACUAUACCGGGACCAGGCCUGUCUUCCCAGAUGCCCGGUGUGGUGUCGCCUCAUGAGCUCCUGCAAAAGCUCCAGCUGGUCCAGCAAGAGCAAAGCCUGGCUUCCCAUGAUCUCCCUCGACUGGCCGCUCGAUUUCUGGGACCCAGUCAUGGUCAAGGUGCUGGCUCAGUUGUAGGUCCGGUCCCUAACCAGACCACUGUAGCUCAGAAGGCUACGCAGCAGUUUCAGGUGAUCUCCCCGCAGCGGAUACCAGCCACUGUGGCCCCCAUCCUGCUCCUCUCUCCCAGUGUGUUCACUCAGGCAAAAUCUAGUGGUGGGUUAUCAGCGGUUGCCCAGGAGAGCUGCCCUGUCCCCUCAACUCUGUCCAGACCCCCGCUGCAGGAAGAGGGCAGAGUUCUGUCCAGAAACCAGCUUCAAGCCACGCUGCUCCGUCUGAUCCAGACUGACAGCUCAUUCUUGGACACCAUCUAUGAAGCCUACAUCAGCCGCUUGGCUAACGACUCAAGCAGCAAGUACUGAUGACUCUUCACACCCUCUUUUCUAUGCAUACACCCUGUCCAGAACAGUGAGGCUCAUUCUUACACUUAAUAUGGAUGUACCACUUCCUCCUCCGAAUACCACGCCGACUGUAUCUCCUCUCCCCAAAAGCAGUUAUCAACAAUUAUAAACGUGUUUGUUUAUUUAUUCCAACUGUUCAUCCUGUGACUUCUCUGAAAAAUUCUCUGAAGCUGAAGACUGCUAAUGUUAGGCACACAUGUGGCAUAUCCACACAGUCUUGACCUCAACUGUAGUUAGGGGGAAAAUGUAGCCUAGUUCACUCUCAGUGAAGACCAAAUAUGCUGCAACCUCACUUGUGUUUCAAUUUAGUAGUAACCUGUACUUGUUUUCACCAGAUGUAGCAGAGUUUUAUUUUAUUUUAUUUUUUAUUUAUACUAUGCAGUCUUUACUCCGACUCAGUUGUCUUAACACCAGCCAGCCCUCUGGGAUUUAACAAACAAGUCUUCCUAGUCUCAGAACUUGUGCCGAAGGAAAUGCUCAAACAGCCUUAACAGACUUGAAGCUGACUUAACUUAUAAAAUGAAGUGUCAAACACGUUAAACAGAAUUUGUUAGAUUUGAAUUUUAAAAUUCUUUUAAGUUCUUUCUAAAUUAAUUUUAAGCAAAUAUAUUUUACUACCCAAACUCCUUUCAAGUUAAAGUGAUAAAGUGAUACCUUGUCAUUUACAUUUUUUCUCCUUUUUUUCAGCAGACAUUAGCUGUGAUAAAUAUAGGUAUUGGUAUUUUAGUUACAAUAACUAGAAGUUGUCACUGAACAUUAUUAUUAUGAGUAAUUUAAAAUGACACGGUAUCCGUCUAACUGGAAGUAACAAGGAAAGUACAGGAGAUUAAAUGACCUGCACUACCUCACAGAGGUGUAACUGUGUUUUUACCUAGAUUGUCAGUUAUGUCAUUGGACAGUUUUAAAGGUUAGAUAAUUUAAUUUCAGUUUAAGUUUUUCAUCGUAACCUUUUAACACUUAUGAAAUAUCACCCAAGUAAAUUCUCGUCCCUGCCAGAGCUGCUGUUGCAACUUGAUUUCAUGUCACAGGUUCUGAACAUUCUCUCUGCCAAACAAAACAACUUCCCCUCAGGAAUAAUAAAAUGAUUGAUGAAAUACUUCACUUGCUUGGUUAAAUGGAGAUUUAAGGCAAUAAAAAUUCAGCAAAGAACGUAUAUAAAUAUAUCUGAUAAUUGUUUGGAGUUCACAGGCCUGUUCAAAGUAUAGUAGAGAAUGUUAUCGAACAUGUAUUUCCAAAAUACUGUUACACUAUAUGUACUGUAUGAAAUGUCAACCAGCUAAACUAAGUGUCCCACGCAGUAUCCCUUAGUACAGGAGAGAAGUCAAAAAAAUAUUUAGUUUUGUCAGGGUUUGAAGUUUGUGUUUAGCUCCAGUGCUAAACUUAUAUAUCGUGCCAGACUAUACAGUAGCUACCAGAGUGCACACAAACAGCAGCAACAGAAAAAAGAGAAUACAUGUACCAGAAUAUUUUUUCUUCCUAUUUUUGUACUCAAGAAGCAAAAUGUAUUGUUGUCAUAGUACAAAUAACCAGCAUGUUACAGUACAAUAAAAAUGUACAGCUAAAAUAUAAGUAAGACACAUCUGCAGUUAUUUGUAAGAAAGCUUUGUUCUUUUAAUUCAAAAGAUGUCAUCCAUAAUCUUUUUUUUAACGGUGUCAUUUAAAAUAAUAUGAGACAAUGGAAUGUCAAUGGACAAUUUUUUCCAUAAUUUGUGUUUGUUUUUGUCAAGAAUGUUUUGCUCUUACAUAAACUGGAAUAUAGUUUAAUUGGAUAUUAAAUGUUCUCAAACUGC